AUUUGGAAAGUUAUAUCAAUGACGUCAGGACUGAUAGACAAACUCUCUGAAAUACAGCCAGUCUAAAGAUCUUGAAAUCAGCCUGACUAUCAACCACGUUGUUGUGUGUUCGUGUGUGUUAGACACUUGGAGUAAUGUGGCUCCUUCUGACUCUGACACUGUGUGUGUCUCUGUCUCUGGGGUAUGAAGUGAAACGAGGAUGUGACGAGUGGACAUUUGACUCGUCGAACACCCGCAAUUCUUGCUGCAGUCGAUGUAAAGCAGGAAAUCGUCUGGUGUCUCGAUGUGGUUUAGACGUGACGACGCUGUGUGAGCCGUGUGAGAAUGGAACAUACACUGUAGCACACACUGCUACGUCCUGCAGAGUAUGUACCGGAUGCAUAAGUCCUCUGAGAGUGAAGAAGCAGUGUACUGCGAGUGCUGAUACAGUGUGUGAGUGUGUUGAAGGAUUUCAGUGUGGAGAUGAUUCCUGCUCCUUCUGCUUCCAGCUGUGUGGUGAAGGAGAAGAACCGACUGAGAACCGAGGAUGCAAGCCGUGCCCUGCAGGAACAUUCAACAAUCAGCUUCAUCAUCACUGCGUUAAGUGGAACAGCAGCUGUCCAUCAGCGGAUCAGCAAAUUGUGGCUGCAGGGACGGCCGUCAGCAACAUCGUCUGUGCUGAUAUCAAACCCACCGAGAUUCCACCAAAGUUUUACAGCAACGAUUCCUAUCCUGGGACGACUGUGGUCAUCGCUAUCAUUUGUGCCUGUUUGGUCAUCAGUACAGUGAUGCUGCUGCUGUGUGUAGCCAUGCAUUUUCUAAAGGAUAAGAUGGUGAAGACGCCACCAGAACCUCAGAAAACUGAAACUGCAGGGCGGAGGCUGGUGCCUGAACCUGAGCAGUGCACUUUCUGUUUUCCUCAGGAGGAGAGUGGCAGUAAUUCGUCUCUGCUCAUGGACGAUAAGCCCUUUGAGCUGGUCGUGUGACACAAGAGCUCCUACAGAGAUGUUCUGUUAGCGUAGGUUUGCAUAAGAAAUACAUUUUAACUAAAAAUAAGCUUUUAAAUUUUGAUUAUAUGAUAAAUAUUGAUAUUAUAUAGCAUUAUAGUAUAUUAUAUAAUAUAUAGUGCUUUGUUAAAAUGAAGAAUUUCAGUAUAUUCAUGACACCUUAAUUAUUUAUUUAGGAUAAAAAAAUUAUUUAAUAAUGUCUAUGCAAAAAAUAAAAAAUUGCAUUGUCUAAAAGUUUUAAUAUAUUUUUUUUAUUAAAAAGAAUUAUUUUCCUUUUCACUGCUAUAAUUUAUUUAAUUACUGGAACACUUGGAUUUGUGUUUCUUGGUGUUUCCUCUCAUUGUAAACUACUAUGUGUUGCAUUUAAAAUGUAUAAAAGAUGCUCUAUGAAUAAAGCUUUUAUUUUUGACUAUUA